AUGUGUCCCUGGACAAAGUGCAGCCCCUGUACCAGACAGCCGACCUCCUCCAACUGGACUAUGUGAGAGACACCUGCAGCAGCUACAUGGCCAUGAAUGUGGAGCGCUCCACCUGUGUGGACUUGUACAUGUUUGCUGAUGUCUUCUCUGUGGGCAGUGUCCGAAAAGCCUGUCUGCUGGGGAUUGCCAGACACUUUACGGAGUUUUCCUUUACCAUCGAGUUUUGCAGCCUGAGUGUGAAUCAGCUGACCGAGAUCAUCAGCCACGAUGAGCUGGAUGUUAAAGACGAGACAACAGUGUGGGAGGCUGUGGUGAGAUGGGUGCAGCACAGCAGAGAGGACAGACUGCACCUCCUACCCAGCAUCCUUCCUCACAUCCGCUUCAACCUGCUGACCCCAGGCGGCACGGCAGCUAUUUUGGAACACCUCCUGGCCAGGGAGGAUCCUGGGAGUUCUGAGGUCAUCAGGAAUGUUGUACAGAAAGGAAACCCCAACCUGAAACCGAGGCAUGGGAUGUUUACGGAGAUGGCCCUGCAGCCCUUUCAGGCCAGUGGUGCCAAUGACAUCAUCUUCAUGAACCCCCAGGAAGGGAAGUACAUCAGCUGCAGUUACAGGCCUGAAGACCUCCCUCGUGCCAUCGCCAUGACAGUCACCAGUGAUAACAACAUCUACAUCCUGACUCAUGAACGAGAGAGUAACAAUCAGUUAUCCGUGGCUAAGUACAACCAUGCGGGGAAUGUGUGGGAAGAUGCUGCUCGGAACUGCAUCGCUACGACCCAAGCCAGGACCGUUGGUGCAAGCUGACCUCACCAGGGUACAUUGAAGAUGUCUGUUCAGCAAUUGCAAUGGGAACAGAGAUUUUCUGCACAGACAUGAAUUUGACUCAGACUAUGGUGUACGACACAGAGUUAGACUGCUGGCAGACACUGCAAGGCUGGCAAAAUCCAGGAAACUUUGAUAUUGAUCAUGUUCCCAGUCUAUU